AGUAUAUCCGAACUAACGACGACGUUAAAAAUGCUAUAAAGAACACAGCUCAUCUUCUCACAAAUAUUCGAAUCGUAAUCGAGUGUAAAUUCACUCAUUCGACACCUGGUAUUCGAAUCCUCCUCGCUGAACCCGACGUCCGAAAUAUUUCGCCACAGCACCCGGCAAUGAUCGAGUGAUACGCUUCAAAGCUUUUUUACACUUUUUUCAAACUAAUCGACAGUCGUUGAUUAGUAACGGACCAACUAGCGAUAAUUACCACGAAGGACAAUCGUACAUAGAAUAGAUACAAUUACCAAUCAAACCUUUUAAAAACGUUUGAAUAUGAAACAUUGUUAACUGAGAGAUAGGAGCAUAUCAAAUGUUCCAGAAUCAUAGGCUUAUAACCAGUUCAUAUGUGCACACGUUCGAUUACCUGUAUAUUUACACGACGAGUCCAUCAUUGAUGAGCCAGAUGAAACUUUAAGACUCGAACAUGCGAGAAAUAUUCCGGCUGCUUUUCCUGCAACUAAUCUCAUCGUUCGUAUCAAACCGCCAUUUCGUACUCUGCGAACGAUGGCAAACCUCGGCAUCAUUUUCCAAGCACAAUUCGUUCGAUAAAAACACGAAAAUGUACAACAAACCAUCACCUCCUGUGGCACCUCUACCUUUCCAAAACGCUUACGCAAAUUACGACGACUCGGAGAAAAGAAUGCGAAACUAUUUCGAACCCGAUCAACAACCUUACAAUCCGUACCCAGAUUACUUCUAUCCACCGGUCAACAUUCCUCACCAUCCGGCCAACGACGUCUUGGUCAUCGUAUUAGAACAGAAUAUGAAAUGUGGUAAUGAAACCGAACAAAAACAGCCUCCUCAGUCGACCCCUAGAGUGUUUCCACCACCGUCACGGUGCAUUUGGGCUAUAGUAGCGUGCUGUGCCCCAACCAGCGUCACUUUUCGAUACAGUUGCUUCAAUUUUUUGGGAUGUUCCGGAACGUUUUGGCAAAUUAACCCUUGCCAACUGCCUAUAAUAAUGUUGGCGGCGAACGAAGCGUCCGAAUAUUACAAACAAUUCGAACCUCAGCCAACAGCCAGUCCUCCGGCACCGACUGAAACUCCUGCUAAUGCCAAUACCACCGAAGUGCCUACGCCAGAGACUACGACUGCUGCAGCCAGUACUGCUGCCACCAAUGUUGAGACUACUACUGUCAAUGCUACAUAGCGAAUGUCUCUCGAUCAAGAUAUAGGUACGUCUAGUCGUUAACGUAUGUAUAAAUGGAGGUAAUAGAUGUUUUAAAUAAUACCCAAUGCAAAUAAAUGCGAUAAUUUGAUGCGAGAACUGUUUCUUAGCUUGAAUAUAAGGCAAAUCCGUGUACGUCGAUGAAAAAAAUUAAGGAUCUAUUUAACCCCCCCCCCCCCUUCGAUCCACCGGAACUACUUUCUUCUUCAA